GUGAACUCGGUUAACAUGGCAGCUCUCAUGACUGUCUCAUGCUGACUGUCAGCCUCACAGUUUGGUUUGUCGUGUAAUAAUUACAUACAUGACAUAUUAUUACACAUUACAUAUAUUUGUCCAGGCAGAAUAUGGGUCUUUCUUAACCCGUGAAGACCUCAUUAGUUGACGCCAUGUUGGCAUCAGUGUGUGUCAGGAUGACAGCAGCCUGCAGAGGGAAGGUCAGGUCGCUGGUCUCUGUGAGCAGGAGACUGUCCACCUACCAGCCCGGCUCCCCGGAUGGAACUCACCACCCUCCGCCCGAAACCCCCGCUCCCCCGCCGGAACAACGGAGACCCAGGAAAGCCCCCACCGACUGCUCUGUCUUCCUCUUCCCCGGCCAGGGCAGCCAGUUUGUGGGCAUGGGUAGAGGACUUUUGCAGUACCCUAACGUUAAAGAGAUGUUCGCGGUGGCCCAGAAGGUCCUCGGGUACGACCUGCUGUCUCUGUGCCUGCAGGGACCCGAGAAGGAGCUGAUGAAGACGGUUCACUGUCAGCCGGCAGUCUUCGUCACCUCACUGGCUGCGGUGGAGAGGCUCAACCACGAAAACCCCGAGGCCAUUGAGAUGUGUGUUGCUGCUGCAGGUUUCAGCGUUGGAGAAUUUGCUGCCUUGGUUUUUUCUGGUGCAAUAGACUUUGCCGAAGCUCUGUAUGUGGUGAAGGUUCGCGCAGAGGCCAUGCAGAAAGCAUCAGAGCUGGUUCCUAGUGGGAUGAUGUCAGUCAUCGGUAGACCGCAGACGCAGUUUAAACAGGCCUGCAUGCAGGCUAGAGAGCACUGCACGAGCCUGGGGAUCGAGGAGCCCGUCUGCUCUGUGGCCAACUAUCUGUUCCCUGAGGGCAGGGUUAUCGCAGGGCACCAAAAGGCUCUGGAUUUCCUGCAUGAAAACUCAAAACCUCUCAAGUUUGUGAGGACCAAAAGUCUCCCAGUCAGCGGAGCUUUUCACACUGAGCUGAUGAGGUCAGCGACUGAACCCCUCAGAGAGGUGCUCAGACAGGUGGAGGUCCGUUGUCCCGAGAUCAGCGUGUACUCCAACGUGGACGGCAAACGCUACAUGAACGAGAGCCACAUGCGCAGGCAGCUGGUGAAGCAGCUGGUGUCGCCUGUGAAGUGGGAGCAAACUCUGCACGAGAUCUACGAGAGGGCGCAGGGACUGAAGUUCCCUUACACCUACGAGGUCGGCCCGGGAAAGCAGCUCGGUGCCACACUUCAAAGGUGCAACAGGAAGGCCUUCAGUACGUACGAACAUGUGGAAGUCACCAAUGAUGAAGAGGACUAAUAACGUGGACACGUCCAGUAACACAUGUUAAACCUGCAAGCUCCUGUGGUUGCUUCUUAUGGUCUUGUUUGUGUAUUAUUAUCAUGUUAUUAAAUAUUUUUUUAUUAAUGAGA